AUGGCACCGUCAUUUGAUCAUCUGCGCGAUGCAGACGUCGACGAGGAUGACUACGACGAGGAUGAGAUCGAUAUUUCCGACCUGCGCGAGAAGUAUGAGGUUCAACUGGAGCAAGGCUAUGAUACCUUCAUUGUUAUCGAUGGCCUACCCGAGGUCACCGAAGAGCAAAAGCCCAAGCUGGUAAAGUUCUUGUUGAAGAAGCUGAAUCAGGUUGGAAGGACAAAAGAGGACCAGGUCUAUAUGCCGAUGGAGAACGGCAAGUCUCUCAGAUUUGCCUUCGUCGAAUAUGCUUCCGCCGCCGAAGCUGCCGCCGCUGUGAGGCAGCUUGACGAGGUUCCCCUUGACAAGAAGCACACCUUGAGAGUUAAUAAGAUGACUGACAUCGAUCGGUAUGGUCGAGAGGGUCGAGUGGACGAGAAUUAUGUGCCACCCAAGAUCGAAGAAUUCACCGAGAAGGAACACUUGCGAUCGUUCUUAGCCGAUCCAAGCGGUCGCGGCCGCGAUCAGUUCGCCAUGUACCGAGGAGAUCUUGUUGGCGUCUUCUGGAAUAACGAAAAAGAACCUCCUGAGAAUAUUGUUGACCGCAACCAUUGGACGGAGAGCUUCGUACAGUGGUCGCCCUUAGGAACGUUCCUAGUAUCUGUUCACCAGCAAGGUGUACAGCUGUGGGGUGGCGCUUCGUGGUCCCGGCAAAAGCGUUUUGCCCAUCCCUUCGUCAACAUGCUCGACUUCUCUCCAAAUGAGAAGUAUAUCGUCACAUGGUCUAAUAGACCUAUUUCUAUACCUGAUGAGGGUCACCCUCAACUGUCGCUGGAUGAAGAUGGCAAGAACUAUGUUAUCUGGGAUGUCGAAACUGCUAAGCCCCUCCGUUCGUUUGCCAAUCUUGAUUUACCUACGACCAACGACGCUCAUGCCGCGCCGGCAAAGCCACAACCUAAGUUUCCCUGGCCGGCUUUCAAAUGGUCUGCCGACGAUAGAUACGUGGCACGAAUGACACAGGGCUCCUCGAUCUCGGUGUACGAGCUACCUCGCAUGAAUCUGUUGGACAAGACAACGAUCAAGAUUGAAGGUGUUAUGGACUUUGAAUGGGCUCCUGCGACGCCUCAGAGAGAGGGUGUGAAGCAGUACGAACAGCUAUUUUGCUUUUGGACACCCGAAAUCGGCAGCAACCCCGCCAAGGUCGGAUUAAUGAGCAUACCUUCAAAGCAGAUCGUCCGAUCACUAAACCUCUUUAGCGUUACGGACGCUAAACUCCACUGGCAAUCGGAUGCUACCUAUCUCUCAGUAAAGGUUGAUCGACAUUCGAAAUCCAAGAAGUCGCAAGCCACCACUUUGGAGAUUUUCCGUGUUAAGGAGAAGGGUGUGCCGGUCGAAGUUGUCGACACAAUCAAGGAUACGGUCAUUAACUUCGCCUGGGAGCCUAAGGGAGACCGCUUCGUUAUUAUCACGACACCCGAGCCGGUCGGACCAACAGCUGUUGCUCCUAAGACUUCCGUGGCAUUCUUCUGUCCCGAGAAAGCCAAGGGAUCGGCCAUAGGCAACUUCAAGCAUCUGCGGACUCUUGAGAAAAAGAAUAGCAAUGCAAUCUAUUGGUCUCCUAAGGGCCGAUUUGUAGUUAUCGCCACAGUUGCUAACCAGCAGAGCUCCGAUCUCGAAUUCUUCGACUUAGACUUUGAAGGCGAGAAGCCGGAAAGUGACAAGGAUCUUACUGCCAAUCUGCAGCUGAUGAACACGGCGGACCACUACGGCGUCACUGACAUCCAGUGGGACCCCUCAGGACGAUUUGUUGCCUCGUGGGCAUCAGUCUGGAAGCAUACGAUGGAAAACGGAUAUCAUGUUUACGAUUUCAAGGGCGAGCUACUACGAGAGGAGCACAUUGAAAAGUUCCGCCAAUGGUUAUGGCGUCCUAGGCCGCCGACUCUGCUCAGCAAGGACGAACAGAAGCAGAUCCGCAAGAAUCUUCGAGAAUACUCUAAGGUCUUCGAGCAGGAAGACGCGGAACGUGGAGCAUCUGCCGACUUGGCGGUGGUGGAGGCCAGAAGACGUCUGCUUGACGAAUGGCUCGGAUGGCGUGCGUCGGUUGACGCUGAGAUUGAAGAGGAGAGGCUCGCGCUAGGAUUACCGAAACAGCCUGUCGAGGCUGAAGCCAAGGUACCGGAGGGCGGAGAGGAACUGGUGAUUGAGGAGAUUGUAGAAGAAGUGCUUGAAGAGAACGAGGAGAUUGUCCCAUAA